AUGAUACCACAAGACGUGAUCGAAAAAGUGCUAUCCAAAGCCCAAGAAAGCGCAUCACAUAGCUGGGAACACAGCACAGUAUUCGAAGCGCUCCUCGAAUACCGCAACCCAUCCUACAGCGUCUUCUCUCCCGACCCAUUUCCAAACGGCGAAACGCCAAGACUGAAGAUCGAAGACAUUGACGCCCUACGCUAUGUAAGACCGCUGAUCCGGACCGAUACCCCAGCGCUCAGCGAAGACAACGGCUCAUCAGCAGACCCAGCAUCCCUGUGUCUGCCCGCCCUGCUCCUCGCUCACUCUCCAUCCCUAUCCCCUUCCACCCGAACCACCUAUUCGACCGCACUACGCCGCCAACUCGACCAUCUGCUCAACAAAACCCCGCGAUUCCCAAACGGCGCGCUAUCCCACCGCUCAGCCUAUCCCUCACUAUGGUCCGAUUUCAUCUACAUGGGGCCGCCGAUGCUCGCCUACACGGGCGCAUGCACGCACGAUGCAUUUCUGCUCGGUGAAAGCGUGCGCCAGUGCCAACUGUACUGCGAGGUCCUCGGCACACCGUCGGGCGCCUGGCGCCACAUUGCCAACGUUUCUCCCCUACCACAGCUUUCUCCGACGACGGAGAGAGUCAAGCAAGAUGACGCCCCGUGGUCCACGAGUAAUGCCUGGGCCGCCGCUGGCAUGGCUCGUGUCCUGGCUACCCUGCUGAAUUCCCCUUUUGCUCCCCACACGAAGCCCCAGCAGCGCGACCUGCGUGAUAUGAUUAUAGCUAUUGUGCGUGCCGCGAGAGCGGCGGAUACCCAUCCACAGCGCCUGCUGCGCAAUUAUCUGGAUGAUGAGAGUGCGUUUGCUGACGUUGCGGGGACCGCGUUGAUGGCUGCGGUGGUGUUUAGGGUUGCGGGCUUGGAAGGUGAGAGCGUGGUGCUUGGGGGUGAGUAUAUCGAGUGGGCGGUGGACAAGAUGAGGGUCGUGGCGGAGCAUGUUGAUGUGCGGACGGGGGUUGCGGCGCCUGUUGUGAAUUCGCUGAGGGAGAGUCAGCAGAUGCCGGUGGGAGAGGUUAACCCUGAGGCACAGGCGUUUAUUGUUUUGUUGUUUGCUGCAUGGCGGGAUUGGAGUCAAGCUGAAUCAUCCAGAGGAGGCCAUUUCUCAGACAAAGUGUGAAGUUGAGACUUUGGUUUGUAGAAAGUAUUGGGAGUGGUGUUGCAUUGCAGACUCAGCAUGAAAGGGAUAACCACAUACCAAAGGAGACCAUGCCGUCAAGAUUCAGUAACAAUAGUAGCGUUGUAUUUCGUGUACGCUGAGCC